AUUUGGUUCCUAGAGAGUCAAGAUUUCAGAAACUGUGGAAGCCCCACUCUAUAUUAGGUAAUUGUGCCCUGUUUCAAUGGCAAAAAUGCACCCAAUUCAGAAACUGUGGAAGCCCCACUCUAUAUUAGGUGGAAAGCAGAAAGUCCAUCAAACUGGCUUCAAAUGACAAGUGAGCUCAUUUAUCAAAACAGAAAUGAGCAUGUUGCAAUCACUUAAUAAUGUCUCCCUUGCAGGUUCCAUUCUUGUUUUGACUUUGGCAUCACCAUUUACAUUAGCCAUGCAUUUGCUAAAUUUGCCAAAGCUUUAUAAUCUUUUUGCAAGUUGGUUCUUUAGAUCCUGGCAAACUCAUAAAAAUACUCAAAUCAUCAAUACCCAGUCUAUUUUACAAGUUUUAAAGAACUGUCUAACUUUUAAGUGGGAGCAGAAAAUCAGGAUUUUGAUGUCUACAUUUGACAUGAAGGAUGAAUCCAAGGAAGUGAUUUGGCAAGAUGUUGGUAGUGGGAGGAAUGCUAAUACUGGAAAGGAUAAUGGGGUCAAUCAAAGCACCGACAGAGGCCUUACAUCCACCUCUUCACCAGUUUCGCAAGACAUAGAAAAUAAGGCAACCAUUCUAACCAUGAGGCUUCCAUUCUUUGCUGUUAGGAAUGGUGGCGAUUCUUGGUCACUAGAGACCAGUUCUGGGGGUCUACACUACCGCCACUGCUGGAACGAGAUUGCAGUGCUUGAUAAUCAAAGUAAUAAACUCAAGAAGCCAGUACUUACAAAGUAUUAA